GGCCUCUCUGCUCGUCCGUCCUCCAUAUUGGAUUUGCCGAAAAUUCAGUCAUUUCAGUCGGUGAUUCGAUCGGCUGAGCAAAAAUGGCAUCGAAGAGGAUCGCUCAGUCGGCGGUGAACUGGGCCGCCCUGGCCGAAAGGGUGCCCGAGAGCCAGAAGAUCAUGUUGUCGUCUUUCAAGUCCAAGUCCGACAAUUAUCUUCGACGGGUUCUUGCCAACCCUGAGGCCCCUCCUAAGAUCGAUUGGGCAUUCUACAAGAGCCGCAUUGCUUUGCCCAGCAUGGUGGACACUUUCCAGAAACAGUACGAAGCGCUGAAGGUGCCCUACCCUGCCGAUAACUAUUCAAGCCAGGUCGACGAUCAGGCCCAGAAAGCAUCGGCCAAAAUCAAGGAUUUUGUUAAGGAGUCCAACAGCCGUAUUGAGGCUGCUCAGGCUGAGGUGGCCAAGAUCAACGCCCUUCUGCCCUACAGUGAAAUGACCAUGGAGGAGUUCUACGAAGCUCAUCCUGAGCAUGCUAUUUCCGCUGCCAACCCCACUGCAUGGCCUCACCAUCCUGAAGAUCAGAAGGCAGCAGAGAAUGUCGAGCAUCACUAACUUGAUCGAUAGAGUGAAUGAUUGUACAGAGAAGUUGUUAGUUCCAGUGUAUGAAAUAAAACCGAAUUUGGUUCAACGUUAA